AAAUCCUCUUAGCUUUCUUAAAAAUAAAAAAGACUUGUAACUUUUCAAAGCUUUCAGUCUCAUUUUCCUUUAUAUAGUAGAUGCAUUGAUUUUAAUGGUUCUUAUGUUCUCACGAUAAGUGUGGUUCUCACUAUAACCGCACUCUACUAUUUGAUAAUUAAAGAUAUUAUAGAUUUAGAAACGAUUAUUUACUUAAUAAUUGAGGCGAAUCGAUGGUUAAGUUUAUGUUUAGAGAAGAGUUGUGGGUGGUGUGUCUUCCUCAGGCGAGUUGAAGAUCCCAUCUUCUUCACCCUCUAUUAGCACAUGCAGAGGAAAACACACACACACACACACCAACAGAAGAAAACGUAAAACCGACAUUUUUCCCAACUACCUCUCCUUUUCUCCCCUCUCUCUUUUCUACUAUUGGUCUCCCACAUUGCUGUUGCACUGCCCAUUUUCUAAUUUAGUCAUAACGACAACUGAACCAGUCAGAAGCUUCAUUCACGCACGUUCUCUCUCUCCCUCUCUUGUUUCUCUCUCUCUCUCUCUCUCUCUCUCUCUCUCUCUCAUGAGUCUCGCUUCCUGUGAGUGUGUCAUUCCGCAUUGGGAUUGGUGCAGCAAAAAAUCAUGGCCUUUUAAAGCCGCGCCUUUCUUGGGUUUGGGCGUUGAUAGCAAGAAAACUGCCCCGAAUUUUCAAUUAGGAUUUUCAGAUUGGCGGCCUGCUUGCUUGAAUUUCAAGAUUCGGAGGGAAUGGGAAUGUUCGGCGCUGAGGCUGAGGGCAGUCACUCCUGUCGAUGAUGAGAUCCCUUCAACUCCAGAUGUUGCUCAAGAGCCCACUCAGAUUGCUCCUUCAACUCAGUUUCACAAGGAUUUGAACUCCCUCCCAAAACCAUUGUCUGCAAGCAGUCCUUCUAGUGAUGGUACAAAGUCUCGUGUUGCUUAUCAGGGGAUUCCAGGAGCGUAUAGCGAGGCUGCUGCACUUAAAGCAUUCCCAGAGAGUGAGACUGUCCCAUGUGAUGAAUUUGAGGCCGUCUUCAAGGCAGUCGAAUUGUGGUUGGUGGACAAAGCAGUACUUCCAAUUGAGAAUUCUGUUGGAGGAAGCAUCCAUCGUAAUUAUGACUUGCUGCUUCGUCAUAGGCUUAACAUAGUCGGGGAAGUUCAGUUGAUUGUCAAUCACUGUCUUCUAGGAUUGCCUGGGGUUAGGAAGGAGGAGUUAAAGCACGUCUUGAGCCAUCCACAGGCACUUGAGCAGUGUGAAAUGAUUCUGAACAAGUUGGGUGUUACCAGGAUCAAUGCAGUUGAUACUGCUGUUGCCGCUCAGAUGGUAGACUCUGAAGGUCUGAGAGAGACGGGAGCAAUUGCAAGUGCUCGAGCUGCAGCUAUCUAUGGACUUGAUGUUCUUGAUGAAGGAAUACAGGAUGAUUCUGACAACGUUACCCGAUUUCUGAUACUUGCAAGGGAACCUAUAAUCCCGGGAACAGAGGGUUCUUAUAAGACUAGCAUUGUCUUCACUCUGGAAGAAGGGCCUGGAGUUCUAUUCAAGGCUUUGGCGGUGUUUGCUAUGAGGGACAUUAAUUUAUCAAAGAUAGAGAGCCGCCCACAGAAAAGGCGGCCAUUGAGGGUUGUUGAUGACUCAAACAAACAAGGUGCCACAUACUUCGACUACCUCUUUUACAUAGAUUUUGAAGCUUCUAUGGCAGAGCCUCGUGCCCAAUUUGCACUGGCGCAUCUUCAGGAGUUUGCAACGUUUAUUCGGGUACUCGGUUGUUAUCCAAAGGAUACAAUUCCGUGAACGAACUUGACCAGUCCUAUGUUGUGUUAGAUUGCGUUUAAGUUUGUACAUAACCAGUUGAAGGCAAAAUUUCAUGGAUGCACCCAUACCUUCUUUCCUAUUAUUUUCAUCUUCCAUUCUCAGAGAUGAAGGCCCUUUAAUAUGCAGCUGCUCAGUUCAACUCCCAGCUCACUAUAAGUCUAUGUUUUAAUUAUUGUUCAAUCUCAUAUUCAUUUAGAAUCUUUUCACUUUGUUACUUGUAAAUCAACCACAAUUCUAGCAACAGGUCCAAACCCCAGCUCAGUUUAGACAUGUUUUAAAAUGUUGAGAUAUUAUUAUACUCCUUCUGUCACACUUCA